CUGCCUGGGGAGGAGGAGGAAGAGGAGGGUUUUGCUGGGGCCUGAGCAGGGAUGAUGCAGGAGCUGGUGGCUGGCGUGGAGAAGAUCACGUUUGACUCGGAGGCUGCUGUGGAGGAGCUCAGAGCUCGGCCCCUGCCCUUCCCGGGGGUGGACAGUGGGGCAGUGGGACAGGCUGGCAGUGACAGGGCUGUCCCAGGUGUGCAGGGCCACCCCAAGCCCGCCGUGUGCAAGCACUGGCUGCGAGGGCUCUGCAAGAGGGGCGAAGGCUGCGACUUCCUGCACGACUACGAUGCCACCAGGAUGCCCGAGUGCUAUUUCUACUCCAAGUUCGGUGAGUGCAGCAGCAAGGACUGUCCCUUCCUGCACGUGGGUGCCACCUCCAGCGCCGUGGGCUGUCCCUGGUACGACCGUGGCUUCUGCUGGCACGGUCCCCAGUGCAAGUACAAGCACACGAGGAGGGUGAUGUGUGCCAACUACCUGGUGGGCUUCUGCCCCGAGGGACCCAAGUGCAAGUUUGUGCACCUCAAGGCCGGGCUGAUGACGAGCAGCACAGACCCAUCCAAGGAAGCUGGAUGCCCUUGGGGGCUGGUACAGAGGGAUCUGGCUGCUGCAGAGGAGAGGGGAGGGCAGCACGUGCCAGCCAAGGAGCCACCUCCACGGGGCACCCAGCACCUGGCAGCUCAGCUGUGGGACACCAGAGGCUGUCCCCUGAGCCCUCAGAGCCUGCUGGAAGGAGGCACCUGCUCCAAGAGAGGAUCAGCCAGCCCCCGUGCCAGCCACAGCAGGAGGACUCAGCUGGAAAUGCUGCUGGGAAAGUGACUCCAGUGCUCAGGGGACGAGGACACCACGGGACACCACGGGCACGGCACUGGGCUGGGCAGGGCAGCAGGGUUUGCCCAGCACCAGCUCCCAGCUGGCACAGGCAGCACAGAAAUCACUUCAUGCAAUGGAAAUCAGGACCUGCCACAGCUGGCUGCUCCCCUGGCACCGCUGGCUGC